AUGGUCAUCAUCAAUUGUUACCUACGAUUACCCGAAAGGUUUCAUCACGGGUACCUCCUGAUAUUACAACUGCUAGAGGAGUCUCUAAAGGGUGUGGCUACACUGAUAGUGCCCACCAUCACUCGAACCAUGGCCAUCCUAAAUUAUGGAACGAUCUUCCCCUUUUUAUUAGAAAUAUAUCUUCAGUUAAUGCUUUCAAGAAGGCUCUUAAAACUCAUUUAUUUCAGAAGGCGUUUCCCAGAUAAUUUAUUGUUUUUAUUCUCUUUAUUAAGAAGGAUUUGUAUAUAGGAUUUUAAAGAUUAAUUUUUAUUUUUAAAUUGUUAUUUUUACUAAUUUUCAGGAACGAUCUGUAAAUAAGACUUUCAGAAUAUGUGCUAGGAUUUUAGGAUUUUGUUGAGUCAAUGUUAUGCGCAGAUGAAAAUUUCUUUCCCUGGAUUGAUAUUUGCGCAAUACAAAUCAAUAAAUAUUAUUAUUAUUAUUGUUAGUGAUUCGGCGUGUUUGGUGACGUCAGCGAAGAUGGAUCAGAUGUGUUCGACACUGUUACGCAACUGGAUGAUGAAAUAAGUAAGGUGUUAUCGUAGCUAGGGGCUCACCUGUGGUUGCCUGCUUUUGUUUGAGACGUUUACAAGGCUUCCAUAGUUAAGUAUUCCAGUAAAGUAUCCGAAAAGUCACCCGUAACGAAUUAACCGUGCGCAUUAGUAAAACUAAAGGAGUACAGGGAAAUCCUUUACUCUCAGUAACAAACCCUAUAUAAAUGAAACUACGAAUCAAGAGAAACCUCCAGACUGAACUUUCGCCAAAUAAAUAUGGGGUCAAAUAAGCGCAACUUAGAUGAUGAUGAGGAUGAUGAUGAUGAUGACGAUAAAUUAAACAUUUUCUAAAGAAAAUACAUCAGCCAGUUUACAGUAUAUUGACGAACUAAUAGCCCUCUACGAUUCAUAAGAACCACUCUCCAUCCUAAUAAAGAAACAUUUCAACGUACAGUCAACUCCCCUUAUAGCAGACACUCUAGGGACCUUGAAUUAGUGUCCUCAUUAGCGAGGGUCCGUAAUAGCGAGAGCUUAUAUCAGUUAAACGUCUGUUAGUUAGUUUUGCCCUGGAUUUAGCUGCUGUCCGUAUUAUUAGGGUAUCCGUUAUAGCGGGGUGUUCGCAAGGCGAGAGUUCACUGGACUGAGUCCCGAAUCUGGGGUUUUUAUAUCCGGGUUGUUACUGAACUGUUACAGCCUCGUUCUUUUGGUCCUUAAAGUAAAAACACUCUUCUACAUAACCCAACGCUAAAUAGCAAACGACAACUCGAUUGGUCGAAACAUUUGACUGAAAUAACAAUUUUCUUUUAGAAAUAAAUGAAAUAAACGUUCACGACUGUCGGUUUUAUUCAUUUGCCUUUAAGAAUUCUCCGCACUUAGGUCAAGAGAGACUUAGCAGGUGGAAAGAGUGAAGGCAACACAAAGCAAACAGUUGAGUCCAAAUGUUAAUGGGACAGAAAGAAGCCAACAGCAAAAAGAUAUAAAUGGCGACCUUAAAAACAACUGCAGAAUAAACAAAAGGAGUCUGAAGUAG